AUGUCUAGAAUUUUUGGUUUCGGGAGGGCGAAGAAGCAGGAUGUCGAAGAACAAACGCAACUAGAAGUCCUCCGUGACAAUGGCGCCGCUCAUGUUCCUGCCACUUCGGGCUUACCUCUCCUUCCUCGUCCCCUGGCGUCCAUGGUGUCGUUCAUGACGCAGUCAACUUCGCUCUCUCUUCGCCUGGGAACGUUUGUCGGAGGUCUAGCACUUGAUAGUGCGAAAGCGACAACGUUAACGGGGCUUGAACUCAGUAGAGCUAUGAUCGAAGGCAUACUGACUCGAGCUGGACGUGAUGUCGCCAUCAGGACCAGCGGAGAGCAUGGCAAGGCAGAAGCAGAGUCGCUACUAGAACGAAGCUUGGCCACUUUGCACAAGACAGUCACGUCUGCGUCAUUCUUUGCAGCUGCUUCAUUCCAUCUUUCCUCUACCACACUCUCUUCUGCUGCCAACAUGUCUCAAUCUCUUUUGUCUACCCUCGACGCUAUCCUUGGCUCUACGGAGUCGUCCAGGGCGAUUGCUGCCAUCAUUACCCUCAUUAGGAGGGAAUUUAGGAGUCCGCAUACCGACCUUGGUGCCGACAAGAUUGGUGUGGGCGAUCUCCUUGUUGGCUGUGUUGGGUUUGCACUCUUGCAACGCUGGGGAAGGACAAACACGCAACGACACCUCCGCGCAAACAAUGGGGAGGAAACAGUCUGGGAUGUUGUUAUAUUGGAUAAUGGGCUGAGGGCAGAUGUUGUCGGUUCACACCAACUAGAAAUGGCGACUAUUUCUUAUGAUCAGCCACACGAUAAUAUGAAUCGCUCGUCAUUCAUAUCGCCUGGAAAUGAUGAAGAGGUUUUCGAUGCUGUACGGAGACCUGCAAGUACAAUCGAUCCCGACGAAGUCCCGUACCUCUCGCUUCCCCCGGGAGAUCAACAUCAAGUGUCAGACGAAGACAUCCGCUUAUACAUUAUGAAGCAACUGCCCCAGGGUUGCCGUGCGUCUAUCAGGACGGACCUGGUCACGGCACGUACGAUUACAGUGGAAGUCUACGAUGACGCCACUGCAGAAAUUUCCCCACCACCAGGCACAACAAUUGUCAAGGAGACCUUCGGUGAUGAGCUUGAUCACAGGCACACAAACGGGUCACAGGUUCCUAAACAUACUGUGGUAUUUCGCACAGCUUUCAAUAGUACCCGAAGCUCCGAUGUGCGACCUUCCAGGUCUGACUCCGCAGUGAAUCGUGUUGACAAUGAUGUGGAGGACUUAAGCGAGCGUCAAAUACUAGGGAACACCGGGGAUGAGAUGUUGAAUGCCGACAACUCAUUGCAUGGCAUGCUUUGCGCAGACAGACACGUGGGUGUUGAGCCCGGUGUAAGGAAACCGCAACUCAUCUCCCCGAAGAAGCAAGCAAAUAAACCGUCUAGAGACUCUCAUGAGAAAGCCUCACUGUCGAAGCUCACGCCGAAGACGAAGCCUAUACCAUCGAGCAAGAAAGAUACUGGUAAGUUCGCCGGAUUGGUUGUCGAAAAGUCAAAGACGCCUUCUUCGUCAGAGAACCUACCUCAGCGCGGAAAAAUCUCAAAACAAUCCAAUCCCACGAAGAAGCUCGACAACUCGCCGGUACCACACAACCGCGGGUCUUCAGCAUCCGUGGCAAAUAGAGGCUUACCGAGGAUACCAUUGCAAGGACACCGAGUGAAAUCCGCCCCGACUCCCACGUCAUGCCCAUCCCACGAUACUAAGCACGGAAGAAGUUCCAGAACAGACAACUACACGAUAUAUGAGAAGAAUAACGAGUCAUUCAUGGCACAGACGGAUGCUUAUACUCGACAACCUUUGGACCUACGACCGGGAACGCCAACUCCAAGGAGGGCUCACGUACGUAGCAGCAGCUCUAUGUCCUUGACUAGGUCAGAAAGUGAUGUGGCAAUAUCCCUCAACGACGAUUCUCGGCCGGGGUCACCUGUCUUCUACCGGCAGUCGGGCUCAUUCUCCCCGAGCCUCUAUUCUUUAGCAACCGCGGGCUCUGAAACAUCCCUGAUAUUGGCUCACCGUGCGCGAAAAAGUGCAUACGACGACAUAGAAACUAUCCGUGCGCUCAACCGGGACGGUACCGUCCCGGGCAUCUUUCCGGAAAAGCACUUUGUGCACAACAUCAGACGUUUCUGUCGCUUCUCUUCAGCUUCUUAUGGUUCGAGUGCACUCAAAGUUAUGGGUAUCCCACGGACCACGCAGGUUCUUCCUUACCAAGAAUCAUACAGUCCUGAGCAUAGCGAGUUCUCGGACCAUGCAGGCCUACCAGCUUCUACAAUCUUGUUAUCAUCCUAUGUGGACCCUGCAGGUGGGACUAAUGCUGCCGGAGAGACAGAGAGUGGUUUUCCUCUAGUCCAUUACCUUUUUGUGGAUCAUGAGUCUAAGGCGGUAGUUCUUACUCUGAGAGGGACAUGGGGCUUUGAAGACAUCCUCACAGACAUGACCUGUGAUUACGAUGAUCUCGAAUGGCAAGGUAGAAGUUGGAAAGUCCACAAGGGCAUGCAUGCCUCUGCAAAGCGGCUAUUGAUGGGUGGAAGCAGCCGAGUUAUGAUGACGAUUCGGGCGGCUUUGGAGGAAUUUCCGGAUUAUGGUGUGGUGUUCUGCGGUCACUCACUGGGAGGGGGCGUCGCUGCACUCCUAGCAACAAUGAUCUCAGAGCCGAAUAACGACAGUUCUGGAACAUCGUUCACUACUACUUCCUACCAGUCUGCCAAAGGAAAUUUACGUCUGACUGGAGACAAUGAGGGUAACUGCAGCGCUGCCCUUUCCCUUCCUCCUGGAAGGCCUAUACAUGUCUAUGCGUACGGCCCUCCCUCGACUAUGUCUCCCUUCUUGCGCCGUGCGACGCGCGGCCUGAUAACGACGAUUGUCAACGGCCAAGAUGUGGUGCCUAGCCUCUCACUAGGCAUCUUGCAUGAUAUGCAUACGGCGUCCCUAGCAUUCAAAAGCGAUGUCUCUAAUGCUAAGUCUCACGUACGGUUCCGGGUCUGGGAGGGCCUGAGGCAGAGUAUAGUCAACAAAUUCUACGUCAACGAACCGCCUAUCCUUACACAUGCCGGGAAUGACGUUGGGGAAGAUGCUUGGGCCUGGGAUACUUUGAAGAUGCUCAGAGACGAAAUGCGUGCUCCAAAGCUGAUGCCGCCGGGAGAGGUAUUCGUGGUUGAGACAAUGCGUGUCCUCCAGCGGAAUGCUUUUACUGCCGAUAUGGACAAGGAUGGCUAUCCAUUGCUAGGUCGGCCCGCAACAAGAGUGCAACUGAAGUUCAUUCGGGAUACAGAAGCAUUAUUCGGAGAAUUAAAGUUCGGCUCGGGCAUGUUCAGUGACCAUAAUCCGGCGAGAUACGAAGCGAGUCUCGCUGCUCUUGCGCGAGGUAUCUUGGACAGUUGA